UUUAAUCUAUUUGCUGCAUAAACAGAAGGGGAAACCAGCGGGACAGAUUUUUGAAGGGGGAAGAAAACCAUCCCCCAAACCAGACCCAAUUUGGGAGUUUCGUCAGAGGUCCCACAUGCAGCGCUGUCGAUAUUGACUUGUACAAGUAGCCACUAAAAACAAAAGUUCCACCAAGUAAGAAGAGUGAUGACCAUCCUUUUCCUUACUAUGGUUAUUUCAUACUUCAGUUGCAUGAAAGCUGCCCCUAUGAAAGAAGCAAGUGUCAGAGGACUAGGCAGCUUGGCUUACCCAGGUCUUCGGACCCAUGGGACUCUGGAGAGCCUAAGUGGGCCCAACACUGGUUCAAGAGGACUGACAUCAUUGGCAGACACUUUUGAACAUGUCAUAGAGGAGCUUCUAGAUGAGGAACAGGACGUCCAGCCCAGUGAGGAAAACAAGGAUGCCGACUUGUACACAUCUCGGGUUAUGCUAAGCAGUCAAGUGCCUUUGGAGCCCCCAUUGCUCUUUCUGCUUGAGGAGUACAAAAAUUACUUGGAUGCUGCAAAUAUGUCCAUGAGGGUCCGGCGCCACUCUGACCCUGCUCGCCGAGGGGAGCUGAGCGUGUGUGACAGUACUAGUGAGUGGGUAACAGCAGCAGAGAAAAAGACUGCAGUGGACAUGUCUGGUGCAACGGUUACGGUCCUGGAAAAAGUCCCAGUACCCAAAGGCCAACUGAAGCAAUACUUCUAUGAGACCAAAUGCAAUCCCAAAGGUUACACAAAAGAGGGUUGCAGGGGCAUAGACAAGAGGCACUGGAAUUCCCAGUGCCGAACUACCCAGUCUUAUGUGCGAGCUCUCACCAUGGAUAACAAAAAGAGAGUUGGCUGGCGGUUUAUAAGAAUAGACACUUCCUGUGUAUGUACAUUGACCAUUAAAAGGGGAAGAUAGUGGAUUCGUGUUGUAUAGAUUAUAUUGAGACAAAAUUAUCUAUUUGUAUAUAUACAUAACAGGGUAAAUUAUUCAGUAAAAUAAUAAUUUUAUGGACUGCAUGUAUAACUGAAGUUUAUACAGUACAGUGGUUCCACAAUCUAUUUAUUGAACAUAUCCAUGACCUGAAGGGGAACAAACGUCAUUUGCGCACAACUAAAACAAAUAAGUCUCUGCAUUACAUUCCUCGAUAACAUUGUGGUUUGUUGCCGUUGCCAAGAAUUGAAAACGUAAAAAGUUUAAAAAAAUAAUAAAAUUGCAUGCCGCUUCAAUUGUGAAUUGAUGAUAAACUGUCCUCUUUCAGAAAAAAAAUUUGAACCAAAACAUUCCGUUUACAUUUUAGACAGUAAGUAUCUUUAUUCCUGUUAGUAUUAUAUCUGUUUACUGCUUUUAACUUCUGAUAGCGUUGGAAUUAAAACAAUGUCAAGGUGCUGUUGUCAUAGUUUUACUGUUUUAUUUUUUUACUUUUAAAUUCCCUCGAGGCUGGAAAAGGAAAAAAAAUCAUUAUGAUAUAUGUUCUGGAUAAAACAGAUUUGGGUUUUUUUUGUAUGUUGUGAAGGUGUUUGCGAUAUUGAAUCAG